AAGCACAAAGCCAUACAUGAAACGAGAAAGAAACAUAACUUGAAACUGAAAAGCAGAAUUAAAAAGCUGCUUAUCUUUCCAAAAAAAACUCUGUUUUGAAACUUUUAAAGUACCUUAAAAAAGGCUUUUCUUGCUUGCUCUGUUUCGUUCAAAAUGGAAGUACCAGCAAGUACCGUGUCGUAUCGUAUCGGACUCAACGAUUCGUAUCGGCCACUGCCUUCUGUGUACCUUGCCUUCUUCUCCAUCUGGGUCUUCUCCGCUUGUUCUUGGACCAUCAAUACCUACAAAAACCGCCACUUUCAGACGAAUAAUUUGCAGUGGACACUGGCGUCUGUUCCAUUGAUUAAAGCAUUACAACUUGCCUUAUCUUUCCUCUUUUGGUAUUCGUGCUUCAAUCUUCAGGUAUGUUCACUGUGGAUGUCAUUUGGGGUCUACGUAACUGGAGUGCUCUUUCAGACAGCUUGUUUCGUGUCCUUUUUGCUCAUUUCUCAUGGUUACUGCAUCAUGUGUGAGCGCCUUUCUGUAACUGAGCGUCGCACUACAGCUGGACUUGGGUGUGUCUUUUACUUGACUCUUGUUGGUUACAGAGCUUCUGUACCUUACUUUUCUGUGCUUCUGCUGCUCAAUUAUUUUAUAUCAUUCUAUGUGAUUUUCCACCAUAUAUCUCAAAAUCUGUCGGUAUUACGGGAGCAGUUGAGCUUCAUAGAGGAUGAGGAUGUUCAUACAAUGCAUGAUGCGGUGUAUACAAAGUACAUGAUGUUCAAGAAAUUUCAGGCUACAAUGCAGAUAGUAGCUUUGGCAGAAACUGUGAUAUACAUUAACAUGGAUAACUCAUCAGAAACUUACUGGCUUCGCUUGCUAGUUCGUGAAUGGGCACAAUUCUGCAUCUUUCUGUAUAUUGGGUGGACUUUCAGAUCACAGGACUUGACACCAGGAUUCUCUGUUAUGCCAAAUUUGAAGUCUAAAGGGGACACUGUGGUGCCUCCCAUCUAUAGUAUUGAAAUGGAUGCAGCAACAUUCAGAGAUUUUAGGAGUCAUCCGUGGCACAUUGGUGUGCCAACUCCUCGUUCUCACGAUAGCUCUCAAGACGCGGUUCUAGUGAUAAUUCAACACCCCCAUGCAUAAUAGGCCAAGAAUGCCUGGCAUUUCUUCCCCAAACUCAGCUGGAGUUGCAACUUUUCCAACAGAUUCAGAUUCAAUUCCAUGCAAGAUAUGAUGAACAGAAUGAUUUAUAGCAUAGAUCAUAGCAGCAUACCAGCCAAUGGCUGUUUGUUGAAGUUGAAGUUGUGACAUGUCCAGUGGCAGAUUCUUUUUUCAAGCUUUACACACUUUUCCUUUUUACCAAAAUCCAAAAACAAGGGCAAUAGUUGGCGAAGUUUUAGUUCAUUCACUAGGUUAGAUCCAAUUGUUACAUAUGUAUCUAAAUAUUGUCCAUCAAUCUUAAUUGUAUAUUCUUCGUCCAUGGUGUUGUUGGCUACUUUAUCAUUUGUUGGCAGCUCUCUUUGAGAUGUAAUUUUGAGCAAUUGUACAAACUAGGUAUUUGAAUGAUACAAUUGUUUGAAAUACUUA